AACGCGGAAGUUCCUUUUUUAGGGCGCCAAGUGUGGAAGUCUGCGGGAAACGUCGAAAGAUGUUUUGCGAGAAAGCUGCCGACUUGAUUCGAGAACUCCAGCGGAUCAACGACGGACAACUUCCGGCUUUUAACGAGGACGGCGUCCGGCAGGUGCUGCAAGAGACGGAAGCUCUCUACGAACACAACCAGGCUGACGUCCACGAGACCAAAAGCGGCCGCACGGCAGACUUGCUUCCGACAAUCCGAUUACGUCACUGCUGCCUGCUGAGGAACCGUCGCUGCGUCGCCGCCUACUUGUACGACCGGCUGCUGCGGAUCCGAGCGCUGCGCUGGGAGUACGGCAGCGUGCUUCCGGCGAACGUGCGCUUCCACAUGAGCGCCGAGGAGCUGCAGUGGUUCACGCGCUACAAAAAGUCUCUGGCGUCCUUCAUGCGUUCUCUGGGCGGAGGCGGCGGACUGGAUCUCACCCAGGACAUGAAACCGCCCAAAAGUCUUUACAUCCAGGUGAGGUGCGUGAAGGACCACGGCCAGCUGGAGCUCGACGACGGCACGCUCGUCCUCCUCAAGAAAAACACUCAGGUCACAACUGCGGCGCAUUCUUCUUCUUCUUCUUUAGUACUUUUUCCCCGCGUGACCCGACGGCACAUGACAUCGCUUGACACGUGUGUCCACAGCACUUCCUGCCGCGCUGGAAAUGCGAGCACCUGAUUCGUCAAGGCGUCCUGGAGCACGUCAUCUCCUGAGCGCCCGCUUGUGCUCUUGAGGCAAGCGUCAUCUCUUUUUGGUCCACCGGGGGGCGCCGACGAGGAGACCGCGGACGCGACUUGUGCAGCCAAACGAAAGUUUGUUAGUGCGUCUUGAGUGUCCAAUUAAACGAGCCGGUCAAUCUGGA